GGGAUGGGCGGCGAGAGAGGUCGCGGUCUGGUGUGCAUCAAGCGGGUGAGCAAGGGGGCGACGGUGCUGGAGGACAGCACACCCAUCGUCACACUCCAGCACCACUACAGCAGGUACACUGACAGUAUGCCACCACUGGACGGCGUAGGCAUUCACACCGGUGAUGCGGGUCACAUAUAAGUGUCGGCGUGUUGUGAUGUCAGGCGCUGCUGCGUUGCUUGUGCGGUGUGUCGGCGUGUGGUCGAUGACUUCGAAACCCAGACCGACCGAAUCCUCAGCAAGUAGGUACCUCCACAGCAUAGGACGCCGUCCACACCACACCGCCCUGCCUCUUCUUUAUCCGCAGUGUGGGUCAGCGGCUGCACGUCGACCACCCCGAUGUGUGGCGUGCGGCCCACCAGGUGCCGCUGCUCAUGCACAAGGGGGACAUCCCCCUGACCUCACCGCCAAUCCCUCCGCCGCCUGUGGCGGCCGCACACACACACUCAUCCGCAAUGUCAGUGUCGACCGCCUCGUCGUCGGCAGCGGCGGAGUGGACGUACUGCGAGAGGGGGUGUGGGGAGGUCUUCUGCAGCAAGAGAUGCAAGAAGGUACGGACACUGACACACACACAUGGACGGAAGGCCCCCUGGCUCUCUGUGUGUGUGGACGAGUGGCUGGGAUUGUGUGGUGCGUCAGAUUGCGUGGGGUGUGUAUGCCGAUGUGCCGCACCCCCACCGCAUUCUGUGUGUCGACCUGCCGGCCGACAAACAGGACGCCUGGGAAGAGUUCAAGAGGUCUCACACAUCCACACGCAAUGAAGCAGCCAGCGACACACACGUGUAUUCCCUCCCUCUCCCUCUCCCUCUCUCCGUGUGUGUGUGUGUGUGUGUGCAGCCACGCGUUGCGGACAUACGAGUACUUCCAGCUAGCGGCAUCGGUGUACGCCGUCAUCAUGUUCAACGUGACCUACGGCCGGAUGGCCCUCGAGGACGCCAUGCAAGAGAUGCUGCUCUUCGCUGGCAAAUCAUGGUACAUCCAUCCAUCCAUCCCCCACACACACACUGACACACACAUCUCGUGUGUGUGUGUGUGUGUGUGGUAGGCCUGAAUUGCUGGACGUGCCCCUGUUGGCUGGGGGCGAGCAUGUGACCGUCACGGAGGCCGAUGAGUACAAGAGAAAGCGACAGGAGGCGUAAGAGAGCGACUGACCCGACAGCAGACGGAACACCCAUACACACAGGCAUGAGCGGACUUGUGAAUGCAGGCUGGAAGAGUCGCUGCGUCUGCUCAAGGCCGCACUAUACGACGUAAGCCACACACCACCCACACACACACGCAGUGGGAGGGGGAGAAAGAAGAAAGCAGCGAGAAGCCACUCAUUUGUCUAUGAGUGGUGCUCUCUGUGUGUGCGUGUCUGUCACAGCCUGGUAGUUGUUUCGGCCCGCUAUUCACAGUGGAUGUGUACUCCCGGGUGGUCGGCCAGCUGGACCUCACCUGCGCCGCCGUGCAGCUCACCAAUCCCCUCAGUGCGGCCGUCGACACCAUCAUGACCUCCCACCAACAGCAGCAGCACGAGACGGCCCUCUCCACACCCACACACAGAAACAGACACAGAGGCAGCAGCAGGAGGUCAGUGAUGGGCAUACCACAUGGAAGGCACAAAGGCCCAUCCCCCGUCUCUCUCUGUGUGUGUGUGUGUGUGUGUGUGUGGCUGGCAGUGUGUGGCCGUCAUCGAUGUCCUUCGCGUCGCUGCUGCUCCGCGGCACAGCUGAGAGUGAGCCCAAGACGCCCAAGACGCCCUCGUCCGCCUGGAGUGACGGCAACUCGUCCACGUCGGCGUCAUGGGAGUACCCCGAGGACACCUUCGCACGCACAGUCAAGCCGGUCGGUCAGCCAUGUACCACAACAAACAAACAAACAGAUGGAUGGAUGGAUGUGUGUGUGUGUGUCUUCAGCUGCUGGGCGUGCUGGCUCGUGUGGUGCGCGAGCGGCGGGAUGAGUACAACGCCAUGCAGGGCAGCCUCUUCCCGCCGGAAAUGAACACCGAUGGUGCGUGGGGAUGGUCGAGUCUCUCUCCCUCCCUUAGGCCAUAUGUCUGUUGUGGGGGUGUGUCAGAUGGCACUGAGGAUCUCUCGUCUUUCCCGGACUUUGAGGGCGUCGCCGUCUUCAAAUCGUUAGCCCACCACCCGUCCCCCCACACCACUGCCACCACACCCACACAGCUGCUCCCGCUCUGUCCGUCUGUCUGUCUGUCCGUCUGUCUGUCUGUCUGUCUGUCAGUGUGUCUUUUCUGAACCAUUCCUGCGACCCCACAGUCGAUGUGGUCUUCGGCAGGGACACCUCGGUGCGUGUGGUGGCGAGGGGCGACAUGCGCAUGGGCAGCGAGUGCCUCAUGAGCUACACGGGGUGCACUGAGGACAACAGCGACCUCAGCCGGAGGCAGCACACACUGCUCUACGACUACAAGUUCCUCUGCACCUGCGCCACGUGCAGAUCACAGGUGAGGUGCGGCAGCCCACCACACGCACCACGCCAAAUGCCGCCAGUGUGUGUCCAUUCGUUCGUUCACGCAGGCAGCCGACAUUAUGUGCCGCCGUCGCGCGGCUGCAGGGGGCAACACCAGCGGCCCAUCGUCAUCGGCAGCGUCGUCACUGCCAGUGCUGCUGCCAGCGACGCCUGUGGUGCCGCCCACCGCUGCACAGGUGGAGGCGGCCCAGCGGGUCGUCGCUGAGGUGCAGCACCAACAACGCGCCAACAGCAGCAAGACCAACAAGGCAAAGAAGAAAAAACGCAAGACAUAGACACAAGGAGAGAGAGAGAGAGAGGGAGGGAGGGAGAGGGGUGCGUCUGUGCAGGAGGGUAUCUGUAAGCGUAAUGGGGCGAGGUCGGUCGCUGCUUAGUGGAGGGUAGUAGGGACGGGCCG